UCGGUGUAGGGGUGCAGAUGACCUGGCACGAUAGGGGAGACAGACGUAUAUUUCCAGCGCGGAACUGACCUGUUUUAUCACCGCCGAUGAUGAAAACAAUUCACCGGCUUUCUGUAUGUGUUCUUGUGUUGUACUGGUGCCAUACCGGAGGUAUAUAUCAGCACUCAGCCGACAUUACGUCUUCUACUUGACUUCAUAACUCUUAGCAUAAUACAGGUGAACUAAGGUGCUGACAGACAGAUAGAGUGUGAGGCACAAGAUCGGUGCUACCUCUAACACAAGUCACGGCCACUGGACGGCAUUUCGUGACUGAAUAACGAUGAACAACGACGCCGGGAACAGCAGCGCGAACGUUUCCAGUCCGACGUUGACGACGACAUCGUCGCCGUACCGCAGCGUCCCUGCCAACGCGACGACCCAAUCCCUCCCGUACCCCGGGUACGUAGGGCCCGCCGCCCUGCCGUCCUGGCUGCAGGCUCUGGCCUCAGUAACGCUGUUCUUCAUGAUAACUGUCGGGAUUUUCGGAAACAUCCUCAUCCUCAUCGUGAACAGGUACAUCAUGAAGAGGAGGAAGACGUGGCCAACCAUCCUGCUGCGGUGGCUGGCCUGGACAGACGUACUGAACUGCUCCAUCGGCCUAGUGAUCCCUCUGGUGGGGUAUUAUGUGGAUGUCUACUCCAUCCCUGCCUUGUGUGAUCUAAACGGAAUCGUGCUGUUUGGGCUCAGUGUCGCUUCACAACUCAUAGUGGCUCUCAUGAGCGCGGAAAGGUGCCUGUCUCUGCUUCAACCGUUUUCCUACGAGGCACACUUUGGGCCUGACAGUAAGAAAAUGUAUUACAUUCUUGGUAGUAUAGGGCUGUACUCCCUUGUUGUUGCCCUUCUCCCGACGUUCGGACUGAACCGAAACGUACCGCACUAUCCCUACACGUUCUGCAUGUUCGACUUUACCGACACCACACCGGCAGGACGCUUUGUCGUGUACUUGAACUUCAUCAAUCUCAGCGGGUGUUUGGUGAUCAUAGUGGUGGCGAACGUCCUGAUCGCGGUGUACGCGUGGCGGUUUCGGCAGGUGUUCCCCACACCAGAGGAGGACAACGAAGGAACAGACGGGAGACGCGGGUCCAGACGACGCCAGGUGACACAUGACAGGAAGUUACAGACCAGACUUGCCAAGCUCACUCUAGCCGUGGCGACAUGUUUCACCAUGUGCUGGCUGCUCUUCGCGGUGCGCAUCCUGACGAACCAGCUGCAGGUGUGGUUGGACGAUAACGUGGACUUCCUGGCGGCGCGUCUGAUGUCCUUCAACAGCGUCAUCAACCCGCUGCUCUACAUCGCCAUCUGUCGACCCUACCGCAGGGGAUGCUGGGUCAUCCUCCUCACCAUGUUCCACUACCUCACCUGCCGGGGCGCCAGGAAGCCGGACGUCACUCUGCCUCAGUCUGUCGCUUAGCAACCGUACAGACUACCGCUAUGAUCAGACCACUUUUUAUGUUAGGGUCGACAUCAUCAGGAAAGUAGCAGGACUAACAGGAAAUACUACCUCAGUUUCAUCUCAUGAACCCAGAUGUGCCUGACUCAAUUUUUUUAUAGGAUAAGACAAUAAUCAACAAUCCAUUCCCAAGCGUACUGCUUGAUACCGCCUCACAGACUCGAAAAAAAGGCGUUUCUACACAUAAUGUUCUAAUAUCAAUCCAGAAUUCACAAGGUAACGUUAUUUAGUCUAGCAUAUCACAUGCUAUGAUUCGCCAUUAACUUUGCAGGUAAACCAAAAUGUAACUUUGCAUAUUACUUAAUGUAUAUAUUUUGUACGCUUAUCGCCAAUUCUCAAGACUGGUAAAUACAUUAAGUACUACAGUGUGCAAUUGAUGUGUUGACACGAAGCAAGAGGAUGCGCAUAAUCAGCUUUCUGGGUUCA